CAUCCAUGUGCCCCGCUAGCAGCGGCGUAUCAUUUGUAAUUUAACAUUUGAUAGAACUCUACUGUAUCCCGCCACCUACCACCUCUUUUUCGCUCAACAUACGUCUAACAUACGAGGGAAAGAAUAGACUAAGCCCAGCUCGACAAUUGAAUACCUUUUCUCAAAGAAAAUGCGCCCAGACGGCCCUCGAGAUCCCGUCGCGGGGCCUGACAGUGGUCCCGAGGCGCCGUAUCCAAUUCGAUUGUCGGGCCCGGUUAUCAAGGGAUUUGGAAGGGGGAGUAAAGAGCUCGGCAUCCCCACGGCCAACAUCCCACCCGAUGGGCUCUCGGCCUAUCCAUCUCUGCCUACAGGCGUCUACUACGGCGUCAUCACUCUCGACCCAGCACGCUUCAUCUACAAUACAGAUGAAUCCACGGGACAGGCGAUACCCUCCGACGCCGCAGCAGCAUCCUCUGUUCCAGCGACCAUUCUCCCUGCGGUGCUAAGUAUAGGCUACAACCCGUUUUACAAAAACGAGGUUAAAUCCAUCGAAAUCCACAUCAUGCCUCCCCUCUCUUCCCCCAGUCCGACCUCCCUCCCCGUCAACUCCUCUGACCCCCUUAGCCCAUCUACCCAGUUCUACAAACUCCCGGACUUCUACUCCACCACGCUCAAGCUACUCAUCCUCGGCUAUAUUCGGCCGGAAUACGACUAUGUCUCGCUAGAGGCGCUAGUGGAGGAUAUCAGGAUUGAUUGUGAGGUUGCGCGUCAGAGCUUACGGAGACCGGCGUAUGCGCGGUAUUUGGCGGAUGAGAAAGAAGAGAAAAAGGAGGAUGGGGAGGAUAGGGUGGAGGAGGAGAGGGCGUGGUUGAGAAUCUUUUGAGUAGCCGCUACCUACAUAGAUAAAUGUUAUUUACGCGGGCCGCAUUGUAAGGGGUUAGAGUUAGAGUAGAUUUUGUGUUAAAAAAGAAAUUGAU